ACCAUUGCAGAUAAGAAAAUCUCCACCAGAAAACCGAGGUGACACGUGUCACCACGCAACCAUAUUUUCCUUCAAAUUUCUCCCAUUGUUUUAGCGUCUUAUGUUGAAGAAUAGGUUGGUGGGAAGCAAAAGAAAGGAAAAAGAAAACGAGCCAGAAAAGAAAAUUAAAAGACCAACCUCUCUCUCUCUCUCUCUCUGUCUCUCGCUCUCUCUCUACCUAACCGUUGAAGCCUCAAAGAAGACACAGAGCUCUUUUUGGAGGUAAAAAGAAGAAGAUGUCAACAACUUCUUUGUGUUCAUCGACUCUCCAGUCACAGAUUAGUGGAUUUGGUGGGGGUCUCAAGCUUCAAAAACCAUACCUUUCACAACCCAGUUCGUUUACCAUCACAAGGAAGAAAUUUAUGACUGUGGUGAAGGCUUCAUCUCGGGUUGAUAAGUUCUCAAAAAGUGAUAUCAUUGUUUCCCCAUCCAUUCUCUCUGCUAAUUUUGCAAAGUUGGGAGAGCAGGUGAAAGCAGUGGAGUUGGCUGGUUGUGAUUGGAUUCAUGUUGAUGUAAUGGAUGGUCGCUUUGUCCCAAACAUCACCAUUGGACCUCUUGUGGUUGAUGCCUUGCGCCCUGUGACAGACCUUCCUUUGGAUGUGCAUUUGAUGAUUGUAGAACCUGAAAAGCGUGUGCCAGACUUUAUCAAAGCAGGAGCUGAUAUAGUCAGUGUUCAUUGUGAGAAUUCUGCCACCAUCCAUUUGCACCGGACAAUUGAACAAAUAAAAAGUCUGGGAGCUAAAGCUGGAGUUGUCCUAAAUCCUGGCACCCCACUAACUGCAAUAGAAUAUGUCCUUGAUGCGGUUGAUCUGGUUUUGAUUAUGUCUGUGAACCCUGGGUUUGGUGGGCAGAGCUUUAUCGAGAGCCAAGUAAAGAAAACCUCUGACUUGAGAAGAUUAUGUGCAGAGAAGGGAGUGAAUCCAUGGAUUGAAGUGGAUGGUGGAGUGGGUCCUAAAAAUGCAUACAAGGUUAUUGAGGCUGGAGCUAAUGCUCUUGUCGCUGGUUCUGCUGUCUUUGGUGCUAAAGAUUAUGCUGAAGCUAUACGAGGAAUCAAAACCAGCAAAAGGCCGGAAGCAGUUGCAGUGUGAAAUGUCAAAUGAUCCUAUUAUUUUCAAGUUAUGAUAUCUCACUUAUUCAUUGCCAUGUAAGUUAUCUUCUCAUUGAGUUUCAUAUAUGAUUUUCAUGUGGUGACUGGAUUCCAGAAAAUGAUGCAGCAUUCUAAGAAAUCCUCAAAACAAAUGACAUAAAAAUAAGUAUGCAUGAGUUGAAGAGCUAGCGAUGGCAACUUGUAAUCUGAUAUGCUGUCAAUGUCUGCAGCGUCUCAUUUUGUUAGAGAUGAAUUAAUAAUAAAUCAUGUAUGUAGUAAGAUGGUCUCCAUGACCAUGCUUUGUGUAUGAUAAUCAUUUAUAGGGAUUCAAUGAUUUGAAUUUCAGGCCUAAUUUUCUGUAACAAAUGAUUUCAAUCUAUAUAAAGAAUGUUUUUUUUUU